AUGGCGACACUCAAACCCUACCCGUUCCUGCUUACCUUCAUUGUGCUCUUCUGCUUCGUGCGGCCCACUCUCGCCUUUGGCGCUGGUAAUAUUGCUGGCGUCUCCAAAGUCGAGGGCCAAAACUGGCGUCACGGCGAUAUCGAGGAUGCGCUCCUCAAGAUUGUCAUGGCACGCCUCGCCGGCGGUAAGACAUUCGACAAGUUGAUGGUGUCCCGCGUCUACUUCGGCAACUGGCUCCGCGACUAUUCCCAAGCCAUUGACGUCGGAACCGUCAAGAGCGUCUCGGCCGAGGCCAUCCGUCUCCUGCUCUCCGUCCUGGGUUUCCUUACCUUCGGCUACGGCAGCCGGGAGUUCGAGGUCACCACCGAUCGCCUGGGCUGCUACCGUCCGGAAGACCACAUCGACAACCCCAAGGACUACGCCGACAACCAGGAUGCGAGACAGUAUGACCGCCGUCUGCGCGGCCCCAUCGACGAAGGGGUUGAGCUCGCCGUCGACCAGGAGACGGGCAUGAAGAACUACAUUGCGAACGAGAGUGCUGGCAUCAUGACCUCGGCACAGCACGUCCGCAAUCUGUUCUCCAGGUGCGUCGAAUUGGGCCGCUCGUAUGGCCGCUCCGGGAACAAGGAUGAGCUCUACGAGGCCCUGCGUCUCCUGGGUACCGGCCUUCACUGUCUGGAGGACUUCUUUGCUCAUAGCAACUAUACUGAGCUGGCCCUGAUUGAGUUGGGCGAGGAGAACAUCUUCCCUCAUGUCGGUCGUAACACCAAGCUCAGGAUCCAGGGCGCGCGCGACGAGGUCUACCCCAUCGUCACCGGCACGUUUGGUGGUGUUGAUUUCCUCCACUCGGUUACUGGUGAAUUGUCCGAUAAGAUGAUUCAGAGCGAGAUUGAACAGCUCGAGGGAACUCUUCAGCAGAGCCAGAAGAAUGACACCAGCCUUUUACGCGAACUUCUCGACAAGAUCCCCGAUGGUAUCCUCGGUGACGACAAGAAGUCGCAGCUGGACGACAUCCAGAACAACGCCCAGGCUGCCCAGAUGCAGAACGUGACUGUUUCGCCGAGGGAUCCUGAGGAGUUCACCAACUACGUCACGGACAUCUUCAAGCAGAUCAUGCCUGCUAUCGAGUUCCACGACCAGCUCCUGAAGGACAUUUCGGAGGCCAUCUCCAGGAUUCCGAUCCUGCCCAAGAUCAUCGAGCAGCUGGAGGAGCAGCUGUCCGUCUUUGUCUUCCAGAUCAUUGCGCCGUUCGUCGUUCCCCUCAUUGAGCAGAUCAAGAACGAGCUCGCGACUGGCGCAACCGAGAUCAUUGAGAGCAGCGAGGCCCAGCAGCACAACGUCUUCCGCGACGACAACUGCACUGACCCGACCCACUCGAUGCUGUCUAAGGACCACUUCACCAACAUUCUCAACGAGGUUGCCGGCCGCACUGCUUCCAAGGUCGUCUCAUGGGUCGUGCCCCAGCUCAUGGAAGCCUGGGACGACGAGGGCGUCGACGUGAACCGGAUGCUCAACAAGAUCAUCUACGGGGUCCUGCACCACCCGGCGCAGCGCGACAUGGACCGGGACGGGGCGCGGGAGGGGCGAGCCCUCAUCUUUGGCAUGGUGCAGGAGUGGUGGGAGGACAUGGACGAGCGGCAACGCGACGAGUACCGGCGCAAGCUGAGCCGCGAGGGCGUCGAGAACGGCCAGAACCACAAGGAGGGCCAGCGCGACUGCGGUCACGGGUGCGGCGGCAAGCUCAAGAUGCGCAAGAACUUUCGCAACGAGGCGCCCCAGACCAUCGAGGAUCAGAUUGCGGGCGCGGCGGCCGAUGCAAUUAUCGGCGGGGUCAAGCAGGGGCUGGUGGAUGCCGUCCAGGGCAGCGGUGUCAAUGUUGGCGGUGGCGGUGGUGGUCGUCAGGAGACCUCCGAGGGCGGGCUGGGCGGAUUUCUGAGUAGUGUUGCGGGUGGUAUUUUGGGCGGGGGAUUCAAGAAGGAGGAGACCGAGGCGUACACGGCCGGCGGCCGGACCGAGGACGGCGGGUACAGCCAGACUACGACCGAGUAUGGCCGCUCGGGCAACCGGUAUGGCCAGGCCCAGUACACCGAGACGCAGUACGGUGGUGGUGGUGGCAGCCGCAGCGAGUAUCGCCGGUAUGAGCAGCGCGAGGACGAGAGCGGCAGCGGCCGGGGUGAGACCACGUACGGAUACUCGGAGGAGCGCACCAGUGAGAUGCGGUAUGGUGGUGCUUCGGGCUCGGGUGGUGGCUAUGGCCGCCGCGAGGAGGAGGAGACGAGCAGCUACGGACGCCGGGAGCAGCCGAGCUAUGGCCGUCGUGAGGAAGAGAGCAGUGGUUAUGGUGGUGGGUAUGGCCGUCGUGAGGAGGAGAGCAGUGGUUAUGGUGGUGGAUAUGGCCGGGGGGAGGAGGAGAGUAGUGGCUACGGUGGCGGGUAUGGUCGCCGCGAGGAGGAGAGCAGCGGCUAUGCCGGUGGGUAUGGCCGUCACGAAGAAGAGACCAGCAGCGGUUAUGAUGGCGGAUAUGGCCGCCGGGAGGAGGAGAGCAGCAGCGGUUAUGGUGGCGGAUAUGGUCGCCGUGAUGAGGGAGAGAGCGGCGGCUAUGGCGGGUACGGUGGACGGAAUGAGGAGGAAGACAGCGGUCGCCGCCACCACCACCGCCGAAAUGAUGACGAGGAGGAGGAGGAGGGCAGAGAGCGCCGUGGUUGGGGGUAUUGA